UGUACACGUGUCCUAUUCAUUUUCCAAAUAAUAUCUCAAUAUAAAUAUAGUUGUAUCUAUUUGCGGGCGAGUUAAGCACAUUAUUUGUUUUUUGUUUUCUCUCUCUACAAACUAGAAACUGGAUAAUACCAUCAUCACCCACCAACACUCCCUAGUCUUCUUCUUAUACUUAACCUUCACCCGCUUACGCCUUGUUAUCCUGCGCACCCUCCUCCCACCCACCCAACUCUGCGUAUUUUUGUUUCCAAACGCCUUCCUCCGAUUGAUGACAGCAGCCCCCCUGAUCUGGAAGUUGAAGAGAAGACGACGAAGGAUCGGAGAAGGGUAGGAUCGUAAUUUUGUUUUCUUCUCUCUCUCUCUCUCUAUAUCUCCCUCUCUUAAAAAUUACUACGGCGUCCAUGGAGGUCUUUGUUGGACCCACCUUCGGUAUCGAUGUCUCUUCACCACCGGCGUACGUUAUGGAGUCGGCGCAGGACAAGCACGCGUCGGUCGCCUCCUGCUUGUACGGCGCUGGUUCAGAGAUCUGCCUCCCGAACAAGACUCAUCAGACUGCGGAGGAUGAGGAUGAUUCCUCUAAUUGUUCCUCUUCGAUCGGAGCUCCGGACGACAGCGAUGAUGACGCCUCAUCUCAAGGCGACGCCGACGAAGUCCAGAGCAAGUUUAGAGGCGGAUCGCUUAGUACUUUGGACUCGAUUGAAGAGGCUCUUCCGAUCAAGAGAGGAUUAUCGAACCACUUUUCUGGAAAAUCAAAAUCGUUUACGAAUUUAUCAGAGGUGAGUGCAGUAACGGAUCUUAAGAAGAAAGAGAAUCCAUUAAACAAAAGGAGGAGGAUAUUAAUAGCAUCCAAGUGGUCAAGGAAGUCAUUCUACAGUUGGUCUAACCCAAAAUCUAUGCCUCUUUUGACUCUGAACGAAGAUGAAGAAGAUGAUGAAGAACACCACCAGUUCAAAGGACAAUCAUCAUCCAUGGAGAACAACAAGCAUAAAGAACAUGAUGAUAGUCACGAUGAAUACGACGAUGAUGACGAAGACGAAGACGACGAUGGUCAAUCAUGUGGUUUUCGCCAUGGGAGGUUAUCGAAGCUUCAUGAUAGAAGACUUAACAGUUUCAAGAUAAGGAGUUGUUUCUCUCUUGCAGAUCUGCAAGAACACAAAGAAUCAUAAUUAUAAAAUAUUAAAAGUUUUUUUUUUUGUUUUUUUUUCAAUGUGAUGGAUUGUGUGUAUUUGCUAUACCCACUCCCAAGAAGAAAAAAUAAAUAAAUAAAUAAAUGACAAUAUAUCUACAAUGGCAUUAAAUUAAA